AAAGGCACAAAGCUGGGAGUGUGUGGACUGGAAAGAGAAGAAUCGGUGUAAUCCCGAACAUAAAUGUAAUCAUCGAUCAUAACAGACAUUAAUCGAUCCAAGAUGGCUUUCACGGUGUUGAGGCCGAUGUCCGCCCAUCCCUUCUCGCUGUCGGUGGACCUGACCCUGACGUCGGACUCGGAGGGCGAGAACGAGGUCUACGCCUGCUUCGGAGCCCCGGACGCCGUCAUCCCGCAGCGGAACGCCGCCAACGCCAGAGAGCGGCACCGGACGCAGAACGUCAACACGGCGUUCAGCGCGCUGCGGACGCUCAUUCCCACGGAGCCCGUGGACAGAAAACUGUCCAAGAUCGAGACGCUGCGGCUGGCGUGCAGUUACAUCUCGCACCUGGCCAACGUGCUGCUGCUGCAGGGCGAGGGCGCGGACCGCGUCUCGCCGUGCGUGAGCGCGAUCUACCGGGACGUGAGAGGCAAGCCCCGCAGCAUCUGCACCUUCUGUCUCAGCCAGCAGCGGAGAGGGCUGAAAGAUAGACGAGAUAGUGUGAAAAUGCACGGAGGAUCGGCGAGGAAACUCAGUUUGCGAUAACACUGCGAUGGAAGUGGAAUUCCAAAACCUGCUGAUUCAGCGCCAAAACCAAGCAGCUCUGCAAUGCUAACGCUUGUUAAUGCUAACACAAGCGAGGGAUGAAGGCGUCCAAACAUAACAACAUCACAUUUUGGUCUUGACUUUAUUACGCAAAUACUACCACUUCCACGGCGGGUCAGGAUGUAAACUAACAAUAAAACAUUUAAUAGUUACCAAAGAAAAUUGUUGCAUUAGCAUGACCUAUUUAUGACAGCUCAGCAGUUUUCUAUGUGUGUUCCUAAUCCUGCUUCAUAAAGUUCUCAUGCAGGCUGUCUCUCAUUUAAUGUCAGCAUUAUUCCAAAAUGUGUUGUAUGAAAAUGGCCCCAUGCCGCACUUUUGACACAUAAGGUUCUUUAGUAGCAUUCCUACUUUGUCGUUAAGUUGCUAAUAACCUCAACUUUUGUUUUGUCAGCUCCCCUCUCAGAUGCUUCAUUUCAGCUUCAGUAAGUGAGAGAAUGUUUGUAUUAUUUUCACAUGUUUCAUGAAGAUAAAAUCUAU